AUGAUUAAAAUCGGCCCAGAUAUAAUGAAAAUGAAUAAACCAAUCAUUUUACCUUCGUUCGAAGAACUACUUGGGUUACUUUUUUUCAAAUGUAUAAGCUGCCUUAAUCGAUUGACACUGAAAAAUAGGAAGUAA